AUGGCAUCGCAGGAACCGGGGGGGAUGUCCUUCUCCAUCGCCUUGUGCGAGACGACGGGUCAGACCGGAAAAUACAUAGCGCUGAGCCACAGGUGGACCCCCGAAACAGAACUCGUAAAGACAUUAAGGGGAAACUACGCAGACCGGAUCGGCGCCGGCGACCGCCCCGUCCAGCUAACGCCAGUGUUCCGGGACGCUUGUCAUCUGGCCCACAAGUUAGGCAUCGCCUAUGUCUGGAUCGACUCCAUUUGCAUAGUUCAGGACGACCCGGACGACUGGGCACGGGAGGCAGUCCGUAUGGCCGACUACUACCAGCGCGCUUGGCUCACAGUCGCUGCCACGAAGACAAACAGCCAGGAGGGGUUAUUCUCCAAAGUAGAUCGGAGUACCCUACCCAGAAUUGCCCGUCUCCCUUAUCGCGACAAAAGAGGCGAACACAACGGGUAUUUCUACCUCCAAUGCGUCGACGCAACAACCGUUACCAGGGACUACAAGACGUGGGUCACCAACGGCGAGCUUCUGAGCUGUGGGUGGGCCUACCAAGAGUGGCUUCUCAGUCGUCGGAUCCUCAGUUUUGCGGACGGCGGAUCUUUCUUAUCCUGCCAGUCUGAGGCCCCUCGGUCUAUUAUUGGCGAUUAUGUGCUGCGCAGAGACACUCAGAUGAACGGGGAAGAAGAUCGGGUAGAAUUGGCGUUCAUGCACCACCCGGAUACUGGCGACUUUUCAACGCAGGAGAGUAUACUCUCCCAGUGGGAAAGGGCUGUUCAAAGCUACUCCGGUUUGCGACUGACGAAGUUAACGGGAGACCGCCUCGUCGCAUUGGCUGGCGUGGCUAGCGAAUACAGCAAGGCGUUAGAGGCGAAGAAGGAGCCUGAUGGCGGCUUGUCUUACUCUUACGUCGGCGGUCUUUGGUUCCCCCACGCCCACGGGCUCCUCUGGGAGCCCAUUAUAAGCGGUACCGUAACCAGACUAGAUGGUCUUCCUACAUGGUCUUGGGCUUCGCUCAAGAUACUCGAGAGUGACGGGACCUGUCGCGGAAUGGAGGUUCGGUGGUCCACUAGUACUAAGAAGGGGAAGAAGAAGGUGCUGCUAAAGGAGCAAUGCAGGUUGAAAUCGGUUCGCCAACUUCCUGUUCAUCGCACUGAUGAAGAGAAUGACGCCUGGAAGGCCGACUUUGAUUGGAACGCCGAGGGGGCCCAGCAGUCCCAAACACACGGUAACGACUGUCGCUUCUUCGCCCUCCAGCUCAAGGGGUUGCUGUGGAACGUGAAUAUCCACGGAUACUUCGAAACCAAAGUCGACGCCGACACGGCGGCGUUACUGACGGCCCACAGCCCGGACUUCGGGAGGGAAUACUGGCGCAAAGUGACGGUUGAUGGCAUUGUAUCUGACGAGGUGACAGGGUGGGCCUCCGUCGAACAUUCGGAGUAUCAAGUUUUGGGAUCCGGCGACAUUGUGACGACGCCCGUGCUCGCGUUCGUUGUGGCGAGUGUAGAGAAUUUAGACACAGGCGCAGCCUUCGGGAAUAUUUGGAAGAUGAGAUCCACGGCCUACAAGGUUCUGUACCUCCGUCAGUCUCGUUGUCCCGUCUGCCGAGCUCUCGCACUCGUCACACCUCCCGAGCUAGACGGCCAACAGCUCUGCAUCAAGGCGUUCUCGUCGAAUCAUGCCCUUGGGGGAAAGUAUCGGAGACUCAGUGACGCCAAGGAGUACUCGGAUUGUACGGUGAUUUUUCCGGUCCACGAGAGGAAGUCGGAGGUGCAAAAACUCGCGAGGACAGGAUGGCUCGAGGGAGGGUGUCUAGCGUUGGUGGAAGUGGGAGACGGGGAGGAGCUGCGGCUCCCAGAAGUCGGACCGCGGCUGGCCCGGCCAGAUUCUAUCGACUACUCAGUUGUCAGGCAGUGGAUGAACUUUUGCAAGUGCAAGCACGGCAUCGCUUGUUCUAUAAGCCCACUCCAGUCGAUCAAAGGUCUCAGAGUUAUCGAUUGUCGUACCCGCGCCGUGAUGGAUGCGCCGACAUGCUGUCGGUAUGUUGCUCUGUCAUACGUAUGGGGGUGUCCCCGGCCGAACCCUACCGAUGAUGCAGAUCCAGGAAGUCAGUUUCCGCCCGUUGUGGACGAUGCUAUCAUAGUUACCCAGGCGCUUGGGUAUGGGUACCUCUGGGUAGAUCAAUUCUGCAUCGAUCAGGAGGAUGGUCCAGCCAAAGCACAACAAAUUGCCCAGAUGGACAAAAUCUACUCUUUUGCCCACCUAACAAUCAUCGCCGCAGCCGGGACGGACUCCUCCUAUGGCCUCCCAGGCGUCGGAGAUGGAAGGCGACGUCGUCGCAGGCCUAGGCAGGACAAAAUAAUCCUAGGCGAGGUUGCACUUGUUCAAAUAUUCCCCCACGUAUCACACACGCUGUCACAGUCCCGUUGGGCAACCCGUGGCUGGACGUAUCAAGAAGGCUACCUUUCGCGCAGACGGCUCAUCUUCACAGACGGCCAGGUCGCGUACCUUUGCAACACGAUGCACUGCCUCGAAACGAUAAAAAAACCGAUGGCCUUGAAGCGAACCGAAAUAAGAACUGCCAACGAUUCAUUCCUGAAAUUUAUUCCUUCAGAACCGAGUUUCCGGUUGAGGAAUCUCCAUCUGUGGGAGGAAUUCAAGGAGAAGCAUAUUGUGGGGUUUACGAUGCGAGACUUGACGCAAGCGUCGGACUCGAUAAAUGCCAUUUUGGGCAUUUUUCGCUCGCUCGAGGGCAGUGGGAUCCUGCAUUUUCACGGGAUACCGUUGCGCUAUAAAACCGACCGCCGUCGUGGGAGAAGAUUGGCCUGCGCACUUGGCUGGCAUCAUGAGGCUGUUGGGAAUGAGAGACGGGGCCAGUUCCCGAGCUGGAGUUGGGCUGGUUGGAAGGGUGAUGUGAGGAUCAAUGAGCCUGAUGUCUUGGUUCCCGAGGACUGCCUUGUCGCGUUUCUGGACGAUGUGACGGGGCGACUGACGUAUCUCGAGGACUGGUUUGAGUCUGCUGUGACGGGCUCCUCUACUGAGAUUCUCGAUAAUGAUGCAGUGUCGACGCCCGCACCGGUGCUGCGCAUCACAGGCCCUACAUUUCGCGUUAAAUUCCAGUCCCCAUGUCUUUCAUCAUCCAACCGCUCUCUCAGCCAAAUGAGUGAGCUCGCGGGAAUGAGUUUCCUUGAGGGGCCCCAUGCCGUCUUACACAUUACUGAAGAGAUCAUCUCUCUAACUUACGCAUAUCUCGAUGAAGCCAUUACCUCCCCCGCCGAGGACGAGAACGACAUCAUAGCACUUAUCCUCCGGCCCAAGAUCCCUAUUGGCGCAACAUCAUUAACGGCGCUGCUCUUGAAGCCGGCGGUCGAAGGGUCUUCCCGAUACCGGCGCGUAGGCAUAUUGCGCAUCCGGCACGGCAGUAAGUCGAGGCCGACGGGCUAUUUGGCUCCCCAGACGGUGUAUAUCGAUUUGGACGGAUCGGUGCUUGACGAAGUCGACAUGGAUAUGCGGGAGGUUCCAAUUUGGCAGCGCGAUAUCGCAGUCAGGACCGUGGAAAUUGUCUGA